AUGGCCUCGGGUGCUAGGGUUUUCAACGGCUGCAGAUCGCUAUUCGCUGCAGCAAAGUCCGCCACUCCCAAAUCCACGGCCACCGCUGCCGCUACCACCACCACCGCUGCAAAGAAGAAAACAACCGUCAAAAAACCAACAGAGAAACCAGCGAAGAAACCGAAGCCAGCUUCUGCUGAAAAAUCGUUGAAACCUGUUGGCAUUUUGAAACCAACUCCGAUUUCUCCAGCCCUAGCUCAGUUCCUCGGUGUCUCUGAAUCCCCUCGCACCGACGCCGUUAAGAAGAUUUGGCAGCACAUCAAGCUCCAUGAGCUUCAGAAUCCAGAAAACAAGCGAGAGAUAAUUUGUGAUGAAAAGCUCAAGACAAUAUUUGAUGGGAGAGACAGAGUUGGGUUUCUAGAGAUUGCCAAAUUGCUUGCUCCUCAUUUUGUCAAGACUAGUUAG